UUACAUUGAACAAACACUGAAGUAGCCGGUAGCAGACGCUGACAGCGGUAGUGUCUCCUACCAAGCAAGGAGCUGCUCAGGGUCGGCCUGGCGUUGCCCCCACCCCCACCCCCUGGAUCGCCUGGCCCCUGCGCCGGUACAUUCACCCUCUUUGUACCCAAGUUUUUUGUCUUCCAUAAGUUGUUGCGGAAAUCCUUUAGGGGCGUUUUCUACUUUAAACCACCUGGUCUGUCCAAGACCCGAGUCCACGGGGCAUGUCGCCUGCACGGGACCUGGGAGUUUGAGCAAAUUGCAGCCGCGGGAUCGUUUAUGGAGCUUGGGGCGGGGGCCGAGCCCGCGAUCGUGCCCCGUGCCUGCCGCCUAGGCCAUGCUGCUCCAACGGCGUGCGGAGCGGUGGCCGCCGGGCCUCCAGGACUAAGCCGGGAGCCGCGGGAGGAGGAGGCGCCGGCGGUGGAGCGGGACCGAGAGCCGCGGCGGCGGGCGGCGCGGCAGACCCAGUACUAUGGCUGUGUACUGCUAUGCCCUCAAUAGCCUGGUGAUCAUGAACAGCACCAACGAGCUGAAGAGUGGCGGCCCCCGGCCCAGCGGCAGCGAGACACCUCAGCCCUCGGGGAGGGCCGCUCUGAGCCCCGGCAGCGUCUUCAGCCCCGGGAGAGGCGCCUCCUUCCUCUUCCCCCCAGCGGAGUCACUGUCGCUGGAGGAGCCCCCGAGCCCUGGGGGUUGGCGCAGCGGCCGGCGUAGGCUGAAUAGUGGCAGCGGCAGCGGUGGCGGCGGCAGCAGCGGCAGCAGCAGCAGCAGCAGUGGCGUGGGAAGUCCGAGUUGGGCUGGUCGCCUGCGAGGGGACGCGCAGCAGGUGGUGGCGGCCCGUACCCUAUCACCACCUGGGCCAGAGGAGGCCCAGAGGAAGCUGCGGAUUCUGCAGCGCGAACUGCAAAAUGUGCAGGUGAACCAGAAAGUGGGCAUGUUCGAGGCGCAAAUCCAGGCACAGAGUACUGCCAUCCAAACGCCCCGAAGCCCGCGUUUGGGCAGGGCUCGUUCGCCCUCCCCAUGUCCCUUCCGAAGCAGCAGCCAGCCCCCUGGAAGGGUCUUGACCCAGUGCGCCCCAAGUGAGGAGCGGAGGACAAAGUCCUGGGGAGAUCCAUGUACAGAGACUCCAGACCCCAACUCCGGGAGGAGAAGCAGGCUCGGCCCACACCCCUCGAAGGACAAGGAGGGAGUGGCCCCUGUGUUACGGCCUGCCAGCCCGAUCAGGUUAGGAACUCAGAGUCCAUCUGCUUCAGUGAGGUUGGAGGGAGGCACCCCGGCCAGUCCCCGCUGUGGCUCACCCACAGCCAUGGAAAUUGACAAGAGGGUUGCUCCCUCUCCGGAGCACUUUGGAACUAGAUUAGCAUUGGCCACUAAAGUGGUAGCUUCGGCCUCAUCCGUUGGACCGCACCCUGGACAUGAUUCUGCCCUCAUGGAGGCAGCCUGCAAGCUUGGGGGCGUGCGCCCCUGGGAGGCCCAGAUGGAGAGACAGGGGCAGUUUCUGGACAGGGAGACAGGCUCAGCCUCAGAGUCUGGCCGGAUCCACAUUAGAGAACCUCCUGGGAGGGUGGGAAGAGGUAUUCAUCCUGCUGGUGGGCAGGGUUCCUGGGCACUUGAAAUCAUCGAAAGGCCAGAAGAGAGAACUGUGAAUGCCCAAAGCUCAGAGGCCUCUGACGACUCGAGAUGGUCUAGACUGCCAGGAGACCUGAACUCCGUAGGUCCUGAGGAGGCAGGAAGUAGGACCCCGGGGAUCCAAGGGCCCGAGCAGACCCUGGGCAUGGGGGAAGGGUCUCCAGCACUGGGCUUGCUUGGGGGCAGCCAGGCAGCACAGGCAGGGACCAGGGAUGUGGAGGCAGGAGCUCUUUGUGUCACAAUGCUGGGACCUUUACCACCUGGGAAAGUGGCAACAGAUUUGAAAGAACCCCAGUGCCUCCCUGGGGACAGGAUGGGUGUGAGACCUGAGAGUUCCAGGGCUUGGCAAAGUGCUGUGGAAGGUUCCUUGAUCUGGACGUGUGACACAGGGGUGCAGCGGAUGGAAACUUGGGGGGGCCAGCUGCAUGACAGAGAUGCUCAUCGUGGCUGCCAAGAGAUCCCCCCAGAUCAGGAGGGGGAGGCCUCCUUCAAAGAGGCCUGCAGCCCCAGCGGUAGCGUCCCCACCAUCCCUGCUGUCAUCAUCACAGACAUGGGUGCUCAGGAGGAUGGGGGCUUAGACGAGAUCCAAGGAAGCCCUCGGGGUCCCCUGCCUCUGAGGAAGCUGUCAUCCUCCUCGGCCUCCUCCACUGGCUUCUCCUCUUCUUACGAGGACUCAGAAGAGGACAUCUCCAGUGACCCUGAGCGGACGCUGGACCCCAACUCAGCCUUUUUGCAUACCCUCGACCAGCAGAAGCCCAGAGUGAGCAAGUCAUGGAGGAAGAUAAAGAACAUGGUGCAGUGGUCGCCCUUUGUCAUGUCCUUCAAGAAGAAGUACCCGUGGAUCCAGCUGGCGGGACAUGCAGGGAGCUUCAAGGCAGCUGCCAAUGGCCGCAUCCUAAAGAAGCACUGUGAGUCUGAGCAGCGCUGCCUGGACCGGCUCAUGGUUGACGUGCUGAGACCCUUCGUGCCAGCGUACCACGGGGAUGUGGUGAAGGAUGGGGAACGCUACAACCAGAUGGACGACUUGCUGGCCGACUUCGAUUCGCCCUGCGUGAUGGACUGCAAGAUGGGCAUCAGGACAUACCUGGAGGAAGAACUCACCAAGGCCCGGAAGAAGCCUAGCUUGAGGAAGGACAUGUACCAGAAGAUGGUUGAGGUGGACCCUGAGGCCCCAACUGAGGAGGAGAAAGCCCAGAGAGCUGUGACCAAGCCACGUUACAUGCAGUGGCGAGAAACCAUCAGUUCCACGGCUACCCUGGGUUUCAGGAUCGAGGGCAUUAAGAAGGAAGAUGGCUCUGUGAACCGUGACUUCAAGAAGACCAAAACAAGGGAGCAGGUCACCGAGGCCUUCAGAGAAUUCACUAAAGGAAACCAGAACAUCCUGAUCGCCUACCGGGACCGACUGAAGGCCAUUCGAGAGACCCUGGAAGUCUCUCCCUUCUUCAAGUGCCACGAGGUCAUCGGCAGCUCACUCCUUUUCAUCCACGACAAGAAGGAGCAAGCCAAGGUGUGGAUGAUCGACUUCGGGAAAACCACGCCCCUGCCGGAAGGCCAGACCCUCCGACACGACGUCCCUUGGCAGGAGGGGAACCGGGAGGACGGCUAUCUCUCGGGGCUGAAUAACCUCAUCGACAUCCUGACAGAAAUGUCCCAGGGCAGCCCUCUCACCUGAGGCCACCUCCACCUGGCCUCCCCAUGCCGCUCUGCCUCUCCCAUCCCCGCGCUUCCCCCAACUCUUCCUUCAUUUCUCUCUGAGGGCCCACCUAGAACAGAGCCUCCAUCCGCACUACAGGACACUUCGGAGAAGAAGAGAGAUUUUCUAAGUCUCCUUUUCCUUCCUACACAAGGGCCUGGAGGUGGCGUUUCUAAUUCUCUCUAAAUAGAACUACCUUCUGGAAGAGAAUUACCCAAAGCUAGGCCCUGCAUCCUGUGCGGUCAGUUGCACUUAGAUCUGGCCUGGGUCUAAGAGGCCGUGGCAUCUCCUGAGGGUCUUGAGAAAUUGAGCCUCCCUCUGGGAGACCCCACCCCCACCCCAGAAAGUUCAGGCCCAGACUGGCUACCUGUGGAGCCCUGCUGCCCCCUGGUGGCUGGUGCCAUCGUAUACACUGCCCCAUUGGUGUCUCCCACCAUGGACCCUGAAGCCAAGCCAGGGUCCUGAUUUCUGGAAGUUGGGAACACAACCUCUGAGGAAUCUGCAUGUGGUUGGUGAGCAAUGAAUUCUCCAGUGAGUGGGCCCAGCUUUCCAGGAGCACUGUGUGGCCUUUCUAGAGAUGCUAAAUCAGGACCCUCCCUCGUUGGUGUUAAACGCUUGGGAUUCAGGCCAGGCUAGGAGCCGGGAGUAUGGGGAGCAGCUCGACUUUUUCUAAAGAACUUUGCUCUUCCAUCUGGGACCACUGCCCAUGAAUUCAGAGGGGUCGUUUGCAAAGCCAAGCUUUCAAGGAUAAUGUUACAUCCUAGAACCCUAGGUCUGCCCUGCUAUGGAAAGGUCCAGAGCUGGUUAGAAUACUGAAGGUCCACACAACCUCCAGGGAUCUGCAGCAGCUCCAAGAGCCUGCCACACCUAGGAGACGAGACUACUCUCUUGUCCCUUCAAAUCCUUAGUAACCAGGCACCCCUGCCUCCAGGCUCAGAGUCCCUCCAUGGGGAACCUCUAACAAUUCAGGCUGUACCAGGCCUUAGGAAAGCAGGAUCUGAGCUUCCUGGAAUAAUUUCUAAAUUUCCCUUGAAGUCUCUUGCCCUUCUAGCUUGAAGGGCUUAGACGGAUGCUUCUGGGUGCCGUGAGUAGUUCCCAGGGUUUAUAGGGGUGCCCAGAGCUGUCCAAGCCUCCUCCUUCCUGGCGCCCCGAGCUGCUUGAAGGGCCACGGGGGACCAUUGUUAAUCACUAUCUCAAUUGUGAGGCCAGUGACCUGUCUGAUUGAAAAGAGUGGCAAUUCCUGUGACAGCUAAAAGACAAAACUCCCGGCUUUGCUGCCAUUUGGUGCUAUCCUCUGGAUUUCACGCCCUCUAUUUCUGAGACACUCUGGGUCACACGUACAGAUGCUCUUCUGGGCACCAGACCAGCAGACACAGCUUGGGAACACCAAGGGAAAUGGGGUAGACCAAUGCGUACACACCUGGCUAGGAUGGCUUUGGGCAAGGGGUGGCCGCCUACCCUAGAUCCCUGGGGUUUCUAGAAGAACUGUUGGCCCAUGUGACACAUGUGUUUCCCCUUUCAUGCUGGUGGGUGAGUGACAGUUGGUGGGGGCGGGAGGUGGGACCUGCGAGGAUGUAUAAGUACAGAUUUUAAAAAAGGAACUCAUUUAAACUUCCUGGCUCCUGUUCAGAUGGUGGUGAGCUCCUGUGUGGGCUGACUUUCUAAAGGUCACGCCGCACCCCCCCACGCCGCACCCCCCCCCCCAUCUGUGAGUCCAGAUCUUGUGACAGCACAUGAUUGGGAAGACAGGCAGGCUGGAGUGGGGGAGGGCAGUAGCAACCAGGCAGCAAGCUCUGGGACUUUCCAGCUGUAGUUGCUGGAGGGCUUGAGGGGACCCUGUGGUCUGUACACCAGCCGUAGGCUGGGAAGGGGCAUCAUGAAUUCCAAGGGUCUAUAGCUAUGACCUGGCCCAAUCUCCUAUACGGCUAUCUCAGUAAAAAUGUCUGCUAAAGCAAACUAUGCCAUGAACAAAACUGCCAGGGACCAGUUUGAUGUAUGCAAGAAAACGUAACUCACCAAGCACUUUAAGAAGGAAUCACCUGUCACAGAAAUGUGCUCAGGUGCUGUGACACCGGUCAGCCAGAGCUUAGGAUAGUGCUGGACAGUGCUUUGCGCUGGGAUCGCUUUGCUAGGUGGUGUGUAGAGGUAUCUCUCUAGGGUUAUUCUGUUACGAAGGGUGUUUCACUUCAUCGGGUUUUUGUAUUUACCGUGUCAGCACCCACACUGUAUCCCCCAGUCCAUUCUCCCCCUUCCAUCCUGCCAGAGCCCCCUCCUCCCUGCCCUGAUGGGUUGGAUAGAGCUCAGAUGGAGUUUCCCAGAGACGCCCAAGGUCCUGCCUAUGGGACAUGGGGCAGGCUACUGGGCACCAGAUUUCUUGGUGGUCAGCCCUGCUUUGCACACUCCUGAAGGCUGCUGUAGCCGCUUUCCCCAGACUAGACUUUAGUGCCCUUUAAGAAGUGUGUAAGUUAUAUUUAUUUUUUUGUUGUUUAAAUUGCACAAAACACUAAGAAGAAAGGUUGAACAUCUCCCCCUAAGCUCUGUCUGCCUUCUGGGGGCCUUUCCUUCGUGUCCAGAGGAGCCCUGGGCAGCUGUGGCCUCAAGGAUGCUGUUCACCUAGGCUGGCUGUAUUUAGCUUCGAGACCACCUGUGUUCUGCUAAUCCUGUGUGUAUAGGCCCCACCCCCUGCUCCAGGGUGCUCACUCAUCAGUGCCUUCUGGGGAGGAGAGAACCCUUCCCGCACCCUAACUGGCUCUCCUCCUCUGUAUUCCUCUCCCCUUGGAACUGUUACAUCCCUUGCCCAGUGCCCAUCGGUCAAUUGUAGGCACUCUCCCCUUCCCAAUAAAGGCUUGGAGACCAUUAA